UUAUUCAUUUACAACACCGUCCUACAUUGUAUUGAGAUAAUCUUAAUUCAGUUGUCAGUUGCUCAUUCUUUGUUAUAUCAUGGCAUCGGAGAAGUGCUCGUUUGGUAUUGGCCUGGGACUUUUAAUUCUAUCAUUCAUACUUUAUAUGAUCGGAUUUUCUACCUCUUAUUGGUUAGAGACAUUUGAAGAAGUUCAGAUUGGUUUAGAACGAUUGGGACUGUGGCAGAUUUGUUUCACUCAAGAUGGCAUGUCGUUAAAUUCUGGUGACCAGGCUAGAGGAAUAACUUACAAAAAUUGUUAUUGGGUCUUUCAUGAAAACAUUAGACUGGCUUCGGACACAUUUGGCAUAUCUUUCUUCCUUGGCACCCAGGUGCUCUCUGCCUUCUCUGUAGCUCUCCUCAUCCUGGUUUUGAUCAUGGCAGUAAUACGAAUGUGUGGUUGCUGUCAGACUGGUUAUAAGGUCCAUGUUGCAGUGAUUUCAGCUGUUCUGACACUAAUAGCAAUAACAUUCCAGAUCUCGGCCCUGUUAUUAUUUGGUCUGAAAACUGGUCACAAAGAUUGGCUUACCAACCAUCGACACAUCCAUUUAUCCUGGUCUUAUGGUCUUUGUGCAGGUGGAGCUUUGAUACUUAUAUUUGCAGCAUUGUUUUUUGCUUUAGCUGCAUUUACUGCGUAUGAUACUAAAAAGGCAAAAGCCAAAGCCAAAAAGUUUGCCCUGUCUGUGCAUAGAUAUUAGCUCUGAUACUCUCGCUACUUAAAUCAUUCUGAUUUAAGUAGCUAAAGUAUAUUGGUUGUAUAUUAUUUAUUUAUACUUUACAUAAGAAACUGUAGAAAUAUUUUUUUACUUUUACAAAAAAAAUAUGAAACAAAUGUUUUCUAAUUCUACAUAAAGCUAUGUUUAAUCUCUGUCAGUCUGUCACUGCCUGCAGCUCAAACCAAGGCGCAGUUGUUAGCAGAGCUGUACAUUUGAAAACAGGGAUCAAUGGUGAGUGGCCAUUGAUGGUUCACUAAUCAAAAUAUCCACUUUUACUUGAGUGUUGUUAAAUAUGGCAGCCUGCUUGUAAUUCAACUUAAAUCAUUUAACACAUAUCAUAUGAGAUUUGUGUGGCAGUUUUACUUGUUUAGAUAAUUGUUUACAAAAUUUCAAAAUUGCACAGUAUCAUUCUUGAUCAAAUAUUGUUAACUUGGGUAUUAACCCCAAAUAACCUUUACAUACAUGUAACAGAUAUCCAUGUUUAUUGCAUUUUCAACCUCAGUAUUUAUGGAGUUGAUUUAGAAACAUCACCCUCCUUGGUAAGAAACACCAAUUUAUUGCAAGUUUUAUAUUCUAGGACAACACUUGUCAAUUCUACAUUCCUCUCUGUUUAGAGCAAUAAACUGUGCAUCAGCCAUACAAUAAGUUGUCCAUCAUAAAGCUGAUUACCUUCAAAUUACAGUCCACCUUAGAAAAAAUGGACAUUUAUAACCCUAAAACGUUGAGGUGGUCAUGGCUGAAAUGCUUCAUCAGGCUGACCGGGACCUAAAUAGCAACUAAUACAUAGCUAUGUAACUCACUAUGCUUUUGUUGGGUACACUGCAUAUCAGCGAUGAGAUAUGAACUGUUGGGCUUUGAAUUAAUUCUUUCAUUACUUUAAAAUAUUAAAUAUAUUCUUGUAAUGUCUUAGUUGAAAUAUAAACAUUCAUCAAACACUUCACAUAAUCUUUUCUAUACAAAUAUAUUUUUUAAAUAUCAAAUUCACAUUUUUUACUUCAUCAUAAAAUUUUUUUUCUACAAAACAUUUGAUAAAUUUGCAAUCUUUGCUUAUCAGCAGCAUAUCACAGCUAAUAAUUAACACCCUUUGUGAUGUUAAUUAUUAGUUAAAUAUAUUUUGUAAAUAGAUUUUUUAAAAUCCAUUUUUAUAUAUCCUGAAUACAUUGUACAACAAAUUUCAGGGUCAAGAAAAAAACAUAGUUCUCAUGUACAUUUUAUUAUGAAGGUGAUUGUGCUAAAAUCAAAUUUUAUAACAAAAAUUUCCAUUCAGCUCACAUUUUCUUGUAAAUUACCAACUUAAUAACUAUGCAAUUUAUAUUAAUUUCCAUGAUACCAUAAAUUUAUUUUUCUCCCAAAGUCAGAUUAAUAUGUCCAUUGUAAUUAAUUUAUAAAUAUAUAAUGAAUCAGAAAGUUUGUUAACAUUAUAUAAUGUAUUAAGCUACAUUUUAGUAUUUACUUCUUCGUUUAUAAGACAUCUCAGAUGUGUCACGCUUCAGAUUCCAGCAGAAGCCAGCUAGCAUAGCUGGGCUCCAUUUUCCCUUAUACCUGUUUUCCACUGAUGCUAUAUCUGGAUGGAACCUCUCUCCUGUAUCCUCUGGGAAGAAGAACAGAUGAGAAUGAAGAAAGUGUAUCUUCAGUGACAUAUUGCAUCUGAGAUCUUGGUAGCACUUGAUUAGGCUCUCCACUAUACUCUCUCGCUGGGCCACUUCUUGCUUUCCCAGAAAUCCUUUGCAUGCAUCUUUGAAUACAUUCCAGGCUGCUAGCUCAGUUUUAUCCAUUGUCACCUCGAAGUCCUCAUCAGCUUAUAAGUUGAUGAAUCUGAGGGCCUAUGAAUAUGCCUUCUUUAAUCUUGGCAUCACUUAUUUUAGGGAAGAUCGCCUCGAGGUACUGGAAACGACUUAUAUUGCAGUGCUUUAGUAAAUUGCUUCAUUAUGCCUAAUUUUAAAUGCAGUGGUGGCAAAAUGAUUUUCUCCUUAACUAGUGGCUCAUGAUUUACACUGACAUUCAGGCGUCAUAGUUUCCCGAGGUGGCCAUUCUGAGCAUAAUGUUCUGAUCUGGCCCUACUGUCCCACUUGCAAAGGAAACAUAAACUUGGUGUAUCCAGUUUGAAGCCCAUUAAGUAGGGCUACUAAAGUCAAGUUCACACAAAUUAGCCACUCAUGCUCCUUGUAACUUGUGAGGUUCUCAUGUCUCUCUUAAAAUGACCGAGUGAGCAAUUGGAACUGAAGGCAUGGUGUUCCCAUUGUGCAAAAGAACUGCUUUUAUGCUGUAAAGGGAUGCAUCUUUGAACAACCUCCACUCAUUUGGUUCAUAGGUCAGCUCAAGGGCAUUGAAUAGGUCUCUGAUAUCAUUAUAAUAAGUAAAGUUGUUUUCCAAAGUGAAGAAUUGCAGAACACUUACCAAAUAUUGUAACUUGAGCAUCUUUAUCCAACAGAUUUUUAGUGAGUGUUAGAUCACAAACUAGAUCAUUGAGUUCAGGUUGGGUGGUGAGGUGUGGUUUCUUGUCAAAUUUACCACAGAUUUGGACCCAUAUAACUAUAGGUUAGGUUGACAAAUACCUUUGGAACACCCCACUAAAAUUAUAUCAAAAUCUGUUCAUAACUUUUAGGGUUGUCAGUAUCAGCCCAGUCCUGUUUGCACUCAAUUCCUACGGAACCAUCAGUGUAUUUAACGUAAAAUGGUAAUUUACAAGAAACUGGAUAUUCACAGGAAGAAAUGGAUGUUAUAUUCAUGAUCUACACACAAAAUACUCCUAGAGAAGAUUAUUUUCAUAUCCGUUUUGUUUUGUUUUUUUGCAUUGUUAUACAGUGAUAUCGAAGACCUAUUAUCAUAUUUGUUCUUCAAAUUAAAAUAUUUGUAACAUUUUUGGAUUGAGUUAUAAAGGUACUUUACAUUUUUUUUUUUUUUUUUUUAAACAUUUUAGAGGAAUAUUGUAGCAUCUACAAUAAUUUUUUUUUUUUGUCUAUAAUGCAUAAGUUUAUCACUUCUGUUGCUAAUUACAUUAUAAAUGAAUAGCCUAUAUUAUCAAGUGAUAUUGAAGCUGUUUGAGUUGAUUAAAUAUUGUAAUUAUUCUUAAAUGUCUCAAUUUUUCCAUAAACUAAUUCCACUGCAUUUAAAGUCAUUGUCCUGAACAUGAGUUUUGCAGUAAUUAACUGGGCAAUGGGGUUUUAUCAAAUUAAUAACCGAAGUUCAUAUAUUUUGAUAAUCUUAAUAUUUUUCAUCAUAUACAAGAAGUUAAACGUUUAGAAUAUUUUUCAUUGUGUAACUUGCAUAUUUAUUGAAACAGCUUGUGGGACUUCUGAAAUUCAUGUUUCAUCACACAUUAAAUGUUUUUAUACCUGAAACUUCAAACUUGUUUGAAAAGUAAACAUCAUAAAAGUCAUAA